AACCAUGAAGUUCUUCUUGAUCGAUAAGCCUCCCGGUGUGCCGCACAUUGCACUAAAGUUGCUUAGACUAGUCGGAGUGUCUGAGACGAAGUCAGAGAGAUACCGAUACGUGCCGAUGUUUGUGGUGUUUAUAGCUUUUAUAGCAGUGCCGAAAAUUAUUCUUGGCUAUCCCAACUUCGCAUCAUCGAUCCUUGGACUGGCGGAGCUAUUCUUUCAAACGAAUCGAUUCAUUGGUGUGUUGCUUUUAGUGCUCUACAACGACACACUAUUUGAACUCGUCCGACAGUCAGAAUAUUAUACAAAACACGUACUGAGAGAAUCGUCCCCAGCUGCUCAAUAUCUCAUAACAACAGAUGCUCAACUCGCCAAGAUCACAAGGCUGUAUCUUACUGCUCUUCUAGUGCCAGCUAACUUCUACAGCUACUCUCCAAUUAUAUCCACAUUAUGGAAGUACUACAACGCUCACAAAAAUGAAACCAGCGCUCCACAAUUUAUUCUACACAUGGAAGAAAAUUUCUACGGACUCAACAUCAGAGAAACGAUUAGCCAUUACCUCAUUUUCGGUGCAGUCAUGGUGCCCACUUCGUUUCUUUGCGCUCUUGUCGGAACCGCGAAGCUCGUGUCCAUACUAAGCCUCAUCAAGUACUGUACCAUCUACUUCCAGCUUGUCACGCUUAAGUUGCAAGAAAUGGCUCAGAAGCAAUCUUUUGCUGCCCGUGAAUUGAAAUCUGUUGUGCGAAUGCAUCGGGAUGCACUACACUGUGCCGAUUUGCUGACAACACUUACAGCUCCCAUCAUGUUGCUGCAACUUGUGCUAUGCAUUCUGGUGUGGAGUUCUAUGCUGUUUUAUUUCACUGUAUCGGUAUAAAAUAGUCACUCGACACGUACAGUAACGAGUUGUACAAGCAUUUCUAACUGUUACCUUAUUUUUGCAGGGUUUUAAUACACAGUUCAUUAAUCUGUUCGUGUUGUUCUUGUUUGAUACAACCGAAACCUUUGGAUAUUGCUAUCUUGGU